UUUUUAUUUUAAUUGAACGAGGUUUGGCCAACGUGAACAGCCUAGUAGUCAUCCCACGAACUAAGAAUGCCUGAGGCGAGCAUUCGUCGGACAGACGCGAAAGCAUUUUUCGCGAAUGAACGUACAUUCCUUCACUGGAUGAGCACAUCUGUUACCAUUGGAGGCAUCGCGGCAGCUUUAUCAGGCGUGGCUGGGCAUGCUCAUCGACACUGGGGAGAUGAGUUCACGGAACGCGCGAUUGUAGUGCGGGUUGUUUCACUUGUUAUGCUCUUCAUCUCAGUCGCCAUCGCCGUAUGGGCGGGCCUCAACUUCCAAAAACGUGCUAUCUUCCUCGAAGCCAAGGCUGACGGGCCGUACGACAGCAGGUUCCUGCCUGUGCUCCUUACAGUGUGCAUGCGCUACAGUAACACGAAGGACUCCAGCCAGGAGCUUUUCUUCAGGCGCUUGGAGCGCGAUGUGGAGAAAGUGAACAGAUUUACAAACAAGCUGGUGGAGGAGAUGCGUGCUAGCCUCCGGAAUCUAAACUCCAAGGCGGAGAAGGAAACGGCGCCGGAUAAGAAGGACGAGUUGAUGCAGGCAAGUCAGUCGAGCGCGGGGCCCUCUAUCCCCCAACCGGGUUCCGUAACCCGCUACCUCCGGGUAUCCCAGUACGGUAACACCAAGUACGAUAAAACACACCAAACCCCCACACGCGUGGCCACACAUCCCCACGCCUAUACACGCAACGCUGUUCGGACCCGUCGAACCAGCUGUUGCAAUACUUUGCCUUGCCGGCCGGUUUUCAGUCAGCAUCCUGAGUACCUCUUCAUGAGUAUCAGGUAUCUACGGCUGUUUUCAGGGGUUGGUGUGUGGCGCCAGGAGGCCCAACGUAUCGGUGACGACUUCCUGGCACUUGAGAAGUUCGUUAACAUCAACUACCUGCCCUGGGUGCAGGGCAACUACUCCGACCUGCUGGUGUCGCUGUCCAACAUCUACUCCAAACUGAGAGGAGAUUCCUCCGGCGAGAAGAACGAGUACGCGUCGCAGGGUUUCGUCCGCAGCACCACCAAGUACUGGGUUCGCAAUGAGGACGUGUCCACUGUGAAGCACCACGUGCUGCAGCACCUGCCCGUGUUCCAGUUCGACAAGAACAACUUCACGGGGGAUGCGCAGCUGAUCAACUCGGUGUAUAUGGAUAACUCCAAUUUGGAGCUCUACCACGGCCGAUUGGAUAAGAAACCCGGGGCCAUUGCGUUAAGGAUCAGGUGGUACGGCAGUCAUCCGCCCACACUCGUGUUCUUCGAGCGCAAGACCCACAAGGAGAGCUGGAAGGGGGAGGAGUCCGUCAAGGAGCGAUUCACACUACCCAGCGACAAGGUGUGGUGUGGUGUGGGGUGGGGUGGGGUCUGGGGUGUGGGGUGUAGGGUGGGGUGGGGUGGGGUGUGGGGUGGUGGUGUGUGGAAGUCGGCUGGGCGUCCCGGGCGGGUGGUGGCGUUCAUGGAUGGGGAGUACUCUCUGGAACACGCUCUGGCUGACCAGGAGGCGGCAGCGGCUCGUAAGGGCAAGUCGUUGAGCGAGGAGGAAAAGGAGUCGUACAAGACGCUGUUCAUGGAGGUGUAUAAGGCCGUGGACUCCAAACAGCUCAAGCCGUUAGUACGGACGCAGUACAUGCGUACGGCAUUCCAGAUUCCCUUCGACGCCACGGUUCGAAUCUCCCUGGACACAAACUUGUGCAUGAUCAAGGAGAACCCCGAAGACGGCCCCUCCUGCGCCGCCACGGGCCGGUGGUACCGCGACCCCUCGCUGCCAGUCAUGCGCACCGAGAUCACUCGCUUCCCACACGCCGUCCUGGAGGUUAAGCUGUCGCUGCAGGAAGGGCAACAGGCGCCAGCUUGGGUGCAG